GCAUUGUUUACUUUCCUGACGACUCCGCCUGACGUCGAUCACGGAAGUAAACAUAAAGGUGAGAGGAUUAAAAGCUGCGUCACAAAGUUCCUCACAGAGUUUCAGAGUCCGAAAGUCUCUCAAACUGCGUCUUUUCUGCCCGGAGUCUGGUCCAGUGUGUGUCCGCUAGAGUCGACCGUCUCCCCGGUAACUGGAGCCUGUUAAAGUGCGUGUUUUCGGCCCGGAGUCUGGUCCAGUGUGUGUCCGCUAGAGUCGACCGUCUCCCCGGUAACUGGAGCCUGUUAAAGUGCGUGUUUUCUGCCCGGAGUCUGGUCCAGUGUGUGUCCGCUAGAGUCGACCGUCUCCCCGGUAACUGGAGCCUGUUAAAGUGCGUGUUUUCGGCCCGGAGUCUGGUCCAGUGAGCGGCAUGGCGGUGACCGUGAAGGCCUACCUGAUGGGGAAAGACGAGGCGGUGAAAGAAGUCCGGAGGUUCGCGGUGGAUCAGGACGUUUCCUCCAGCUUCGAGUACCUGAGCAAGAAAACUGCGAGUGUGUUUAACAACCUGAAGAACUGCUUCAACAUGUACUACAGAGAUGAAGAUGGAGACCUGGUGGCCUUCUCCUCUGAUGAUGAGCUGAUGAUGGGUCUGGCCUGUAUGACCGACUCCACCUUCCGUCUCUACAUCAAAGAGAAGAAGGAGAACCGUAGAGACUUCCCUCUCCACGCCUUCCCCUUCACCUUGAUCUACCCCCCCCCUGGAGGCCCGAUGGCCCCGCCCCCUGGAGGCCCGAUGGCCCCGCCCCCCCACAUGCCCCCCCCGGUGCACGGUGAUGUCACCUGUGACGGCUGCGAGGGGCCCGUGGUGGGAACUCGCUUCAAGUGUUCGGUGUGUCCGAACUACGACCUCUGCUCGGGCUGCCAGGCCCGCGGCACACACACGGAGCACGCGCUGCUGCCCAUCUGGCACCCCCUACAGUGGUUUCCUCGGGGGAAGUGGAUGAAGAGGAUGAGACACUGCAUGUGGAACCAGAAUCUGAACCAGAAUCUGAACCAGGACCAAGGUGGGCCCUCCAGACCCGCUGCAGACUGCAGCGCCUCCUCUGCGUCUGAGGCCAACGUGGAUUUCCUGAAGAACAUCGGCGAGGGCGUGGCGGCCAUGUUGAGCCCACUGGGUAUCGAUGUGGACAUCGACGUGGAACACGAGGGCAAGAUGACCAAGGUGACCCCUCCCUCUCAGAGUGGGGGGGUGGAGGGAGACGGGGGCGGAGCCACAAAUGAGAGUGGGGCCCAAAAUGAGGGAGGAGCCAGCAGUGAGGGAGGAGCCAGCAGUGAGGGAGGAGCCAGCAGUGAGGGAGGAGCCAGCAUCAAAGGGUCAAAGGUGCGGAGAGACUCGGAGGAGGAGUGGACUCACCUGAGCCCCAAAGAGGUCGACCCGUCCACCGGAGAGCUGCAGUCCCUCAGAGACCAGGACCAGAACCAGAACCAGAACCAGGACCAGGGUCCCCCGUCUGGUCCAACAGGCCUCAGGGAGGCGGCGCUGUACCCCCACCUGCCCCAAGAGGCCGACCCCCGCCUGGUGGAGUCUCUGUCUCAAAUGCUGUCGAUGGGUUUCACCGACGAAGGCGGCUGGCUGACUCGUCUUCUUCAGGCCAAAGACUUCGACAUCGGCGCCGCGCUGGACGCCAUCCAGUACGCCAAACAGCCCCGCCCCCACCAGCCCUGAUGAUGUCAUCGUCUACACGAACCAAUCAGACAGCAUCUAACACCAGGAAGUGAUUUACACUCAGUUUAUAAUCAAUAAUCCGUCCAUAAUCAAUACUUUAAUCAGUCAUUACUUUGUCUCUUUGAUUGUUUCUACUUCUUUAAUAUCUUUAUCUUUAAUAUCUUUAUCUUUAAUAUCUUUAUCUUUAAUAUCUUUAUCUUUAAUAUCUUUAUCAUAUCUUUAUUGGUCAACGUGUUGAUCUGAACAAUAAAAACAUGAAGAACUGAA